AUGCAAUAUAUUUAAUACCAUCCUUAAAUUAUUGAGGAGCUAAAAAUGAAUGAAACAAAAAGUUUGUUUUCACCAAUUGAGGUUUCAUUAAUCAAAUCAUUUGAAGAUAAGGAUUUAUUCAAAGAAUUAAUCUUACUUUACAAUCAUAAAAAAAAAAAAUUGGUUUAAUAACAAGUUCAUUUUGGGUUAAAUUCCUUAUUCGUUGAAAAUAAAUAUAUCCUGCUAUGCAAGUGUUAUUACGAAAUGAGAUAUACAAAAUUAAAGUAAAACGAAGGUUUUUACAUAAUUAUCCUUCACAAUUCAAAAGGUAAGGAAUUUUUAAUUAUCAGUAAUUCAAAUUAGUUUUCUAAGAUUUAGGCUGUGAUAAAAAGGUUUUGUGUAAGUAAAAGUUUUUUCAGUAAAUAUCAGUUGUUUGAAUAAAAAAAUUGUAUACCUUUUGCUUAAAAUUGUAAAAAUCAAGAUUUAUUUUGUGUCCUGUAAAUAGACAAGAAAUAAAUUAUCACUGAAUCAGAUUAGGAAUAAUUCUAUAAUACUAUAAUUAUAAUGAAUUAUAUCAGUGAAUAAACGAGGAUUGUUAAGAUUUAUGAGGAAAAUUCGAUGUAUUUUUUAUUUAUGAAAUACAUGAAAAUGUAAUCAUUGGAAUCUUUGAUACUUAAUGAUUUUGAAUUUAGAGAGGCUCCUCUCGUUUGCAUAAUCUAUCUUAUUCUUUAAACAAUACAAAAAUAUAAAAAUCUUGGAAUUUACCAUGGGAAUAUUAGUUUAAAAACGAUAUUUAUCAAUAUGUCAGGCGCCUUUUUAUAAAUCAUUAUAUUGUUUCCAAAAUACUAGGCCAACAAUAAUAAAGGCAUCUCUUUAGACUUGUUAAAUUUAGGUUAAUUGCUUUAUUAAAUAACAUUUUAUGAAAAAAAGGAUAAAAUUAAAUAAUUUGUAGACUAAAAACUAAUAACAUAAUAAAAACAAUUAUUAUAAAAUUUGAAUACUGAAAAUAAGCAAUUUUUAUUUUUAUAUCGAAUUAGUUAGUUAGAUUUACUGAAUCAAUUGUUAACACAAAGCAUUACUAUUGAAAAUGCUUUAAAACAUCAAUGGUUCAUAACUGUCAAGCAGAAUCUGAAAGCUGAGUUUUUGAAGGAAACAAAAGAGCGAUUGGAUUUACAUACAAUUGUUGAAUCAACCAAUGAAAUGAGUAUGACUAUUUCUAUAGAUAAAAGAGUUUAAUCCAAGGAAUUUGCUGAGUAUGGAAAUUCAGAAAUUGAAGAUGAAUUUCCUGUGAAAUGUUCAAUUUUAAAUCCUUUCUAAAUGAAUCCCUCAAAACAAAAGCAUGAUAAUUCUGUUCCAAAAUCAAAAAGUUGUUCGAAUUUUGAUUUACGUUUUGACAAUAAAGAAAAGUACUUUGGAAAUGAAUAAUCUCUUUUUAUCUAAUGA